AUGCUUGCAUUAGCCAGCCAGUCGUACUCCCGUAUCUCAUCACUUACAACAGACAACGAAGGAUUCCUGCACGCCACAAACCGACCUCUCACUCUCCGACACCAACACAUGGAGAACGAAGGAAUCCCCACCGAUAUUCCCAGGGAUCUGACAUAUUGCACAUCAGAAGCCUACGUGCUGGACUUGCUGCGAUGCCACGAUAACCAAAUAAGACACAAACCAAACGCGAUCUCUGACCAAUACGACAGCCGUGCUCAAAUGGCGGCCUUGGCUGCAAUGCGCACAAUCCACCCUCAUUACUUGCGACGAGACCUCAGACAGGGUCCUUUUGUUUUAACUCUCACAGAUCUUCACCAGAGCAAUAUCUUCGUAGAUGAUGAGUGGCAUAUCCGCUGCCUGAUCGACUUGGAGUGGGCCUGUGCACUCCCAGCCGACAUGCUACAACUGCCGUGGUGGCUGGACGACCGCGGAAUUGACGAGAUGCCUGAAGGAGAGUACCUGGAUUCAUAUGGCAAAUUGCACGACGAAUUCAUACAGAUAUUCGAGACAGAGGAGAAACACUUUCGAUCAACUGGGAAAACCCCUACAGUUCCCUAUGCUGAGAUCUUGCGUACCAACUGGGAAAAUGGAAAUUUCUGGUUUUCGGGGCCCUCGACAACCCCAAAGCUCUGUAUCGCUUGUUUCUCGAUCAUAUUCAACGUCGAUUCUACCCGAUGCAGGACUUGA